AUGCGUGAGGCCGAGCAGGCCUUCUGCAGCCAACAGUGCCAACGUCCCCCUGGGGACUUAGGCCAGCUUUUGGCCAGAGGUCUCUUUGCUCUGGUGCAAGGUGACAAGCUGGUGAGGCAGGAGGUCACCAGAACAUCUUCCCCCAAAAAACCAGGAGCAGCGUGCUACCAACCCACUGCAGCAGCUUGGGGGGAAAUCCCUUCUUUGGGCCUUGGGGAACCAGCCGGCUCCACGGCAUGGGGGCUGGGAGGCCAUCCAAGUUGCCAUUUCCCUGCAGGGAGCUGCUGUGUCCUCAAAACCAGCCUGGGCAAGAGCAGCUGUCCAUGUCCACGCUGUCCUCCUGGCAAGAAGAUAUUGAGGAAGCUGCUCUCAUGUGCCUCAUGCUUUGAGGCACACCAGUAUCAGCCUUCAAAUCACUGGGACAGCUUUUGGAAAUCAGACUGGACUUUCGCCCUUACUCAUUUCCCAUUUCCCACUCAUUUUGCAGGGAUUCUUCUCCAGGCAAAUUACUUCAAUUUGCCAGCUUCCAUGUAGCUGUCAGCAAGGCUGAGUGAGACUCUAAAUGUGACAGACCAAAGGCAGUUUGCCACAGGUUUUACGAAACUUGUGAAAGCCGAGGACAACAAGUUUUGUAUUGGCAUUCUGGAAAACAUUCAGGUUUUGUCAGAGGAUGUAUGGGGGAAAAAUCUGUCAAAAUUCCCUGUUACUCACACUUUUAUGGACUGGAAUAAACUAUGGAAUGAUCAGCAUCUGAACAUCAAGAGGGAAUCCGUGAAACCAGAAUCUGCAACAAAAGCUGCUGAGAAAGAUGGAACUUCAGCAGAAUAA